UAGUUGUUUCAUAGAAAGCUUUUAAGAACAUUCAAAAAAUGUUUCAGAAUACAUAUUGGAUUGUAAUUUCUCUCGUUCCACUCGUGAUAUUUUCCAUCGUGUUGCUAUUGUCUCAUGAAGAAAGUGUUAUCGAAAAUCCAUGCAAAACAUUCAGCGCUCCUUGUGUCAGAAUUUGUUGUAAUGAUUACAAAACUUGCAAGGAUGAUUAUUUGAGAGAAAACUUCAAUAAAAGUUAUUCAGAAAAAAUGGAAAAUGUUUACGAAAAUGAAACUCCUAAGGAAUUACAUGUUUUACAUGGACGUCCAUUGUGCGCAACUGAAAUUUCUAAAGAUGAUUGGUAUUUUACACAUUAUGAUGGUGGAAUAGAGAUUGGAGGUCAAUUUUAUAACAAUGAUAAAUAUUGCUUUGAAGAUGUGAAAGUCGAUGGGGAGGUUCAAUGGAAUUUAUACAUUUGUGCAUCAAAAAUAAAACUUCAAAAAGUUGUUCACAUCAUUCUUUCAAGUGUCUCGGCCUUGACUUCCAUGGCAGUUGUUAUCAUUUAUUUUGCUAUAAAAAGCUUCCGAACACUUCAUGGAAAAAUUGUUAUGAUGUUCUGUUUUGCAAUGGCUCUCAGUUACUUCUUUUAUGCAUUUAUUACUAAGGAUACCUUCUAUUACUAUCACAUGCCCUGUUUUUUGUAUACUUUGCUCCUUCAUUUUGCAUUUCAAUGGACAAGCAUUAUGGGAUUUGAUAUUUUCUUUACACUUAGGAACUUAAAUGCAUCAUCUGAAGGAAGGGAAAGGUUUUUAUACUACUGUGGAUAUGCAACGUUUUCAUUAUUCGUUACUUUUUGUCUCAUUUAUGAAAGUUUUUAUUUGCACACAAUUAAAGAAUAUAUCUUUUUGCUUUCAUUAGUUUUGGAUAUAAUAUUUUUCAUCCUUGCUGGUGUAAAAAUAUUUCAAAUGUCAAAAUCUUCAAGGCCGUUGGAACAUACAAAAUUGGAAGAAGAAAAAUCAAGGUACUGGAUGUAUUUAUCAGCCUUUGCAAUUAUAAUUUUCAACAUUGUUAUUGAGCCAUUCGAUAUCUUUCGCAGUGAUGUAUUACUGGAUGAUAUGAUUCGAUGUUAUUGUGCGAUUUUGCUUUUCCCCAUUUUCGUUCUACAAAAAAAUGUUUGGGAAAAAUUUUCUUAGAGGUCUUUCACAUGAUGGAACAAGUUCAACAUUUUCUCUAGAUAUAAAGGAAAACAAUUAUUGUAAAUACAGCACCAAUUGUGAAUACACAUAAUUUCGAUUGCUGUUUUCAUCGCAUUUUUACCAUGUCUAUUUUCUAAAAAGCUUUGAGCUUUAAAAUGGCAAAAUAGCGAAGAAAGCCAUAUUCUAAAUUAAGCAUAUUUACAAUUGGUACUACAUUCACAAUUUUUCUUUUCCCCUAAAACAAAUCUUUCGAGGAAGCUUAAUACUUUCUACAAGCGU